AUGACAACAAUAGCUACCAGUAACAUUAAAGUGACAAGUUCAUUAGUGUGGGCUAUGAAUUAUCUAGCCCGAAAUGGAUAUUAUCAAGUUCCGGACGGAUCAAUAGGAGCCUUGGACAGUGCAAAAAUAUUACAAAACUCCAUCAUAUCUCUACAAGACUUUGCUGGAAUACCAGUAACUGGAAAAUUUGAUGAAGAAACUAAAAAACUUGUUCAAACACCCCGCUGUGGAUUGCCAGAUAUUUCAAAAACGUUAAAAACGAAAAGAAAAAGAAGGUUCACAUUGCAAGGCUCCAGGUGGUCAAAGAAUGUAAGUAUAUUAUAUGUUAUUAAAUUAACUUGGACGUUAUCAAACGACAACAACGAUAGGCUUACACGAACACAAGUGGAAGCAACUUUACAUAAAGCCUUUGGAAAAUGGCAGGCUAUCACAAAUAUGGAAUUUACAAUGCUUCAUCAUCAGUCUACUGAAAUCCCAGACAUUGAAGUUAAAUUUGUGACAGGCAGCCAUAACGAUUCUUAUCCAUUUGAUGGACGAGGUGGCACACUUGCUCACGCCUUUUACCCUCACAACAAUAAGGAUUUAUCCGGUGAUGUUCAUUUUGAUGACGACGAGCAAUUCACCCUUGGGAAGAAUGGUCGUAAUCUCUUAUGGGUUGCUGUUCACGAAAUUGGACACAGCAUUGGUCUAGAACAUUCGUCUGUUAAGUCUGCCGUCAUGUACCCUUGGUAUAAAGACUUUGAUGGUGAUGAUUUUGACUUAGACCAUGAUGACAUUGCUGGAGCCCAGCAUUUAUACGGUAAAGCAAAAAAUAUACUUUUAACAUUUACGUCUCAUAGUCUCAUAAUGACACCAACUGAGCCAACUGUCACUACAAAAGAAAUACAGAAUGGUGGCUGCCCCGGUGUUUUUAAGGCCGUGUUUUUAGACAAAAAAAGUGGGAAAACAUACAUUGUCAAUAACGAUAAAGUCUUCAUUCUUAACAAGUCUUUGAAGUUAGAAAAAGGUCCAGUUCAUUUGAAUACACUAUUUCCUGGUUUGGACAGAAUUGAUGCUGUAUACCGAUUGAACGAAAAGCUGAUCUUCUUUAAAGACUCAAAAUACUACAUUUACGAAAAUGUCUCCAAUACAAGAAGAAUCGAAAGCGGUUCCAUCUAUGAUAAGUUUAGUGGCUUACCAAAAACUGUGAAGAGAAUUGAUGCAGCUUUCAUUUGGUCAGGCAAUGGGCGAACCUACUUUUUCUCUGGCAAAGAUUACUACCGUUUUAAUGAGAAAACUGGUAGAACGGAUUUGAACUACCCCAAAGCUAUUACAGGUUCAUGGAAGGAUGUCCCCUCACAUGUUGAUUCUGUGUUUGAAUGGAGUAAUGGUGUUACAUAUUUUUUCAAAGGUAAACUGUUUACAUACUGUAUCUUUAGAAAUAUCGUGAGAUCUUUAGCUCUGUUGAAUGCCUUUUAUCUUCUGAUGAACCUUAGUAAUUUUCUUUAACAAAUUAUUUCUGUUGUUUUCUUUUUAGGACCAGAUUAUUAUCGUUUGAAUAAUGAAGCUGUUAAAGUGGAAACCAAUUAUCCAAAAUCAAUCGCUGAAGUUUGGACUAAAUGUGGAACAAAGAGUGAUGAUUUCAAUCAUGGCAAUACGAUCUAGUCAAACAUUUCAUAUUAGUCCGUAGUUUAUUCGUUAAACGUGUUUAUCGGCAAUCGUAAAGUAAAAAACAUAACUUUUGGAAAGAACAUUUUGUCUUCUUGUCUCUUUAAUAAUAGCUGUAUUUUGUCUCUCUGUCCGCGAAAACCGCGUCCUGUUACAGAAACACGAAAUGCGAAAUAUAAAGGACGGGCGACCCCGUGGAUUUUUCCACGGGUUAACGGCUACUCUCUUUAAUAAUAAGUGUAUUUUGUCUGU